AUGAUUUUCUUCCACUCCCUCUUGAGGGAGGCUGCACCCCUUGUGAAAGGGCCUUAUAAAUUACCACUGGAGCGGCUGUCAUGGCCAGUGCAGUGCUAUGCCUCGAUAUCUAGGGAUCCUUACUUGAACCUCGCUAUCGAGCACUAUCUGCUGCAAAAGUCCCAUCCAGAUUCCGCGAUACUCUUCACCUAUACGAACCGGCCCAGUAUUGUCAUCGGCAGGAACCAGAACCCAUGGCUGGAAGUGAACCUCGCACUUUUGGGCGAUCGCCGACCUCCGCCAAAGGUCAAGCCUGGGCCGAAACCCAAGCCGAAAGGACUGGGAGCGGUCGAUCUGGUGCGGCGUCGUAGUGGAGGCGGCACUGUGUUUCACGAUGAAGGCAAUAUGAACUGGACGGUCAUCACUCCGUCUGCAACUUUCACACGCGACAAAAGUGCCGAAAUGGUGGUGCGAGCCUUGAGGCUCUGCAAAAUCGACAGGGCACGAGUGAAUGCUCGCCACGACAUUGUCCUCGAUCAAGGCGAACGUGGAGCCGACACAGAUCCAGCAGAUACACACAGUACUCCAUACGAGGCCAAGGACUUCGAUACACCACGACCUCUGAAGGUAUCUGGAUCCGCAUACAAGCUCACGAAGGGUCGUGCUCUGCACCAUGGGACAUGCCUGCUGUCGAGCCCGAACUUGGACGUCAUCCCGGACUACUUGCAUUCUCCAGCCAAGCCGUUCAUGACUGCCCGUGGGGUGGAGAGUGUCAGCUCACCGGUCGGCAAUAUCAAGCUCAAGGCGUGGAGAUUCGGAGCCGCAAUGAUGCAACACUUUGCGGAGCAAUAUAAUGACAAUAAGACUGUGCCUGCUAUCACAGUUUCAUCGAGAUGGCUGGAAAACGAGGACGUUCGUAAAGGUUACGAGGAGCUGAAGUCUCUGGAGUGGACAUAUUUACAGACGCCUCAGUUCACCAUCUCAACAGAGUCGGUGAAAGAUCUGAAUGCCAAUCUAGAGCUUUCUGUCCGGAACGGCGUCGUGAACGGCGUUUCGUUGUCGUACAAGGCCUCAGGUACUUCGUCGACCUCACAAGAUGAUCUUGAUGGUCUCAUCGGCUGCAAGAUCCACGAGAUCGAACACUGGGGCGCCGUCAUGGACAGAGCGCUCUCCGGGAUGGACUCUGCAGAGAAGAGCAGCGUGGUGGCUUGGCUCAACAAGAUGCUGCCGAAGGUUCAAAAGUAG